CACACAGUCACUGCCACUGCCAAACUUCAAACUCAGAACAUUUCACAACCCAAUCAGUCCCCGAGAAACCGGCGAUGGAGAGCUUCAGCGACUACUCCAUGGACUCACCGCUCGCCCAGCGCUCGGCGUCGGACGAGGAGGCCUACGCGACGGUGUCGUCAGCACCGCCGAAGCGGCGGGCUGGGCGGACCAAGUUCCGGGAGACGCGACACCCGGUCUACAAGGGCGUCCGGCGCCGCAACGCCGAUAAGUGGGUCUGCGAAGUGCGUGAGCCCAACAAAAAGUCGAGGAUUUGGCUCGGGACGUUUCCGACCGCCGAGAUGGCGGCACGGGCGCACGACGUGGCUGCCAUGGCCCUCCGUGGCCGGUCAGCGUGCCUCAAUUUUGCUGAUUCCGCGUGGCUCUGUCGCGUUCCUACAUCGUCGAGCCCAAAGGACAUCCAGAGAGCCGCCAUGGAGGCCGCGGAGGCCUUCCGGCCGCAGACAGAGCGCGACGCUGCUGAGAGUAGAGAGGAUGCAGCGAUGGCAAUGAUAGCGGGACCGUCGUUGGCGGCGGCGGAUGACCCGUUUUACAUGGAUGAUGGACUCAAUUUUGGGAUGCAAGGGUAUCUGGACAUGGCUGCGGGGUUGCUGAUGGAGCCGCCGCCAAUUUACGCCGACGAGGAGGUGAGCAACGGCGAUGUCUCGCUGUGGAGCUACUCCAUUUGAAGCUGGCGUCGCAAAUUUUUUUGCACAGUAUAAUUUAAAAUGAACGGGCAAUAUCCAGUCUAUGAGCAGAUAUAGCGUGGAGCGUGGAGCCCACCGGGGACAUGAUUUUGUGCAGCAACCAUGACGCGCCACGUAAUUUUGUAGCCUGCCAACUUUGCAACCUGGAGCUCUCAGAGCAAGAGGGGUUCGGGUUAGGUCCGUUGGUUGUCUGAGCAUUUGAUGGUCCUGUCCUAUGAUAGAAAUAUAAACCUUAAGGUGUCGAUAGUCAACAGUCAAAUACACACAGUCAUCAGUUAACAGUCACAUAGUCACGCCCCUUUUCUAAACAAAUCACAUUGAAUUAUUUGUCUCAAAUACACCGUGCGCCCGCUACCUCCAGCCACCCAUCACUGCCGUCAACCAAUAUCUUACCGGAGCAGUUCGAUGCCGGCAACCCUCCACCUCCGCCGCCGGUUGUGCUCGAUGCCAUCCGCCGUCGCUGCACCAUGGAUCACCAAGAUUGGAGAAUAAGCCCACGCCCCGCUCAGCCGCAAGGAGUACUCGGGCGUCUACUAGUGUCCGCCAGCCUGGGGCGUCGCCGCCAGACCUCCGCAUCCACCGACGCCGCAUAAAGUGGCGGAAUAACCGGUGGCGGUCCUUGCGGAUCCUAUUUGCUUCCAUGUUUGGCAGCUGAUUUGGCGUAUUUAGUUUGGCAUAUUUAGUUGUUCGUUGGCAACUUUGACAGAGUCCAAGACAUAAGGCCGUCUGCUCUCGGUCUUUUUUCUAUCAAAUCCUGCUAAGAACUUUCAUAGAGGUUUCUGUGAGAAAUCGGAUCACGACCAUGAAAGCCUGACUUGAAAUCACAAUCAUCAGAAAACAAUCCUAAUGUUGGAAAAACUU